AUGACCAAAGAGUCAACAUUGGCACAGAUCCAGGAGAUAUCUACUAUGGUUUCAGAACACACAAAUGAUGGGAAGUUGAGGUUGAAGUCCUCUAUACCGAAACCACUUGAAGCGUCAGAGGUGGAGUACAUAGCCAAGAAGGCCUCUUGGGAUCGUAAGAUGGGCAAGCUCGAGUACAUCUUCUAUAAAUCACUCCUGGUGAUACUGUUUACCAUAUAUGGAGUAUUCAGGUUUUUCCAAUACCGGUACAAUAGACUGAGGUUGAGUAUACUGACUAUUGUUAACAAUCCGGCUAAUACGCCUCAAUUAAUAAAGCAGGAUGUCAAGGGACUUAAAAAACUACCUAAACAACUCGGAGCAAUCUUAGAGGACAAACCUAGCUACACUGUUGGAGGUGGGUUGAAGGGUCUACUAGAAGAAGGUAGUGAGAUCGUUUGUUGGUCUGUCUGUGCGGAUAUCAAGCAUGUCUCGCUGUAUGACUAUAAUGGAUUAUUGGCAACAAAUGUAGACGAGUUUAGAAAAGCCGUGCAUCACAAAUUGGCCAAGUACUACGGGCCCCAAAAUAUACCGAGUUUCACCGUCAAGGUACCUCAUCUGCAUAAGGUGUAUGAAGAUAUAUCGAAGGUGGGCGAUGAGGAAAAGAAAUCAGUGAUUGAGAUAUCACUAUUGAGUGCAUUCGAUGGUCGUAAAACUAUAGUGGAACUAUUCAAGACGGUUUCUGACUUGAAGGACAAGAAAGAAAUCCAAUCUUCCGAUCUGACAAUGGAACUUUUGAACACACAGCUAAUUGAACUAGUGGGGCAAGAACCAGACUUAAUACUCUGUUUUGGACCCCGUCUAGAUCUAACCGGUUACCCACCAUGGCAUAUCCGUCUUGCUGAGAUGCACUGGGAGAUGGAUAAUAACGAGGUACUGUAUGCAGUAUUUAUUAGAGGGCUACGCAAUUACUCUUCUGCUAAGAUGAAUGUUGGAAAGUAG